UCGCGGUAGGAAGAAGACAGUCCGUGCAGUCUUGUGUUCCUAUUUGUAGUACAUCCAGCAGCUUAGCAAAAGUGUGUCCCAUCAACCUUCGUCAUAUUUUCAGUGGUGUUUAUCGCAAAGUGUUUCGCAAAUUCACCGAAAUGAGCCUAAAUGAUAAGAGCGUGGUCGUCACAGGAGGUGCUAGUGGUAUUGGUCUUGAAGUUUGCAAACGGUUGCUCGAAAGUGACGCUAAGGGAGUAGCUAUCAUCGAUAUCCUGGAAAACGUCGACGGGAUUGGUCAAUUGAGAAGUACGUAUCCAGAAAAAAAUAUCCUGUUCAUAAAAGCCGAUGUUGCUGAUAAGACAGCUAUUGAUGAAGCCUAUGAGGAGAUCACGAAAUCGUUCGAGUAUUUAGACAUUGUGGUAAAUGUCGCGGGUAUCUUCAACGAUUUGGAUGUUAGUCGAACGAUCGGGGUUAACAUUGGCGGUAUCAUCAAUUCUACAUUUGCAGCCAUGAAUUAUAUGAGCAAGGAGAAAGGAGGUCGGGGCGGUAUAAUUGCCAACAUGUCAUCUGUCGUAGGCCUGGAUCCACUAUUCCUCAUGCCUGUAUACACUUCCACUAAACAAGCCAUAGUUGGUUUCACUCGAAGUCUUGCAAAUGAAAUCUACUUCGAAAAGGCUGGAAUCAAAUUCAUAAUCCUGUGCCCUGGUGCAACUAUAACUCAACUCUUCACUAACUUUACGGAAAAAAUAAUCUUCCCAGACAUGGGAGACGUAGCAUAUCGAGUUUUGGAUCGACUGCACAAGCAAAGCCCAGCAGACGUAUCAAAAUGCAUCCUGUCAGCAAUAGAACAGUGUGAAAACGGUUCGAUUUGGAUUAUUGAAAAUAAGCAAUUACACCCAAUAAAAAUGACUCGUUAUUGGACCAGUAUCGAAGAAAAGUUUGCAUUUUUUAAAAUGAAUUUUCUAUUCAGAUCUUUACUACAACCGUCGGCUUUGCAGGCUGUAAAUCGUUUUGUACGUAGUGGUAAUGAUCUGAUGUCAAGCAUGAGAAAUCUAUCGUAUUAUGUUAAAUUUGGUUGUCCUUGCUCGCAGAUGAAAAAAAUGCUUAAACAAUCUGCUGACAGGAUCCCAAAAGGUCCGAAAGACUGCAAACGGGACCUUAUAAAAAUUAGUGCUCCCAAGAAGGUUAUAAAGCCAUCAGAUGUAGACGUCUACAAAAAGGCAGUACCGCGAUAUGGACUAUCUUCUUCUGCAGACAUCAAACUUAUUCAAAAAUGGCAGAAAAGAAUGAAUAAAAGAAUAAAUCGCCCGAAAAAGGCAUUAAAGUUGAGAGGUAGCAAUGCAGCAAUUACAGGCGGAUUCGGUAGCAUUGGCAAAGCGGCUUGCAUCUCAAUGUUAGAAAGAGGUAUCGCGAGCCUGGGAAUUCUGGAUAUUCGAGAGAAUAAAAGUUUGCUAGAAGCACUGCGGAGGCGAUAUCCAGAAAAACAAAUAUACUACCAACCAAUAGAUGUGACAAAUAGAUAUUCGGUCGCGGAAGCAUUCAAUGUGGUGGGGGAUAAAGUAAAAAAUUUGGACGUAUUCAUAAAUUCUAGUGGUGUUCUGUGCGACGGGUGUCCCGAAAAGACUAUAGGCGUUAAUUUGCUAGGGACCGUCUACACUACACUUGCUGCAAUGGAACGAAUGGGAAGACACAAUGGUGGAAAGGGUGGCACCAUAGUAAAUAUUGCUUCGGUUUUGGGACUUGUACCGUGUAAUGCAUUCGCUAUAUACUCCAGCAGCAAACACGGUCAGGUCGGAUUCACUAGGUCCCUUGCUGACGAUUUUUAUUUUAAGAGAACAGGUGUUAAGCUUAUGUUAGUAUGUCCAGGAAUGACCAACACGGACUUGACGCAAGAUCCUGAAGGAUCAACAACUUUCCCGUACGCAGCUAUUCUAGGCAGGCAUUUAGUCACUGCCGAAUCUCAAAGUGCUGAAAUAUGCGCGGAAAAUAUGGUUCGUGCUAUGGAGAAGAAUAAAAACGGUUCAGUGUGGAUUUUGGAUGUAGGCAAGUACUACGAGGUUAGGCCUGUACAAUAUUGGAUUCCCGUUUACAAUGAAAGUAAUAAUUCUCCUGAUGGAGUAAAAAAUGUGAAUUAAUUUAAUGUUUUUUUA